AGGAGGCCAUAUUGUACUGUUAAAUUGAAAGAACGAAAAUAAUUAUAUCAUCGUGUGCUCGUGCCUGUUUCGUUUCGUAGUUUAUUUCGGCGCGUACGUGUUUCACGACGGUGUGUCGACCGUUGGUCCCGUGGAGAGCAACAGUGUUAACGGGGGCCCGAGAACGAAGGCUCCUCCUGGAUUCUUGUAAAUAACUACAGGGAACCGUAUCAGUGUAUACCCGAUAGAUCCUAGCCACCGUCCGUCAGUUUGCUAAAAAAGAAGGGUACCGCUGCUUCAGACGAGAUGGGCACUCGGGACGACGAAUACGAUUAUUUAUUUAAAGUUGUUCUUAUCGGUGAUUCUGGAGUAGGAAAAAGUAAUCUCUUAUCACGAUUUACGAGAAACGAAUUUAACUUGGAAUCGAAGUCAACCAUAGGAGUUGAAUUUGCAACGCGUAGUAUACAAGUAGAUGGAAAAACUAUCAAAGCCCAGAUUUGGGACACAGCUGGACAAGAACGUUACCGUGCAAUUACUUCUGCAUAUUACCGUGGAGCAGUUGGAGCUCUAUUGGUGUACGAUAUCGCGAAGCAUCUAACGUAUGAAAAUGUGGAAAGAUGGUUGCGGGAGUUGCGGGACCAUGCCGAUCAGAACAUUGUACUUAUGUUGGUGGGAAACAAAUCCGACCUGAGGCAUCUACGCGCGGUACCGACCGACGAGGCGAAAGUGUUUGCAGAAAAAAAUGGCCUUUCUUUCAUUGAAACUUCUGCAUUAGAUUCUACCAAUGUUGAGACAGCGUUUCAAAAUAUCUUAACAGAAAUCUACAGAAUCGUAUCGCAGAAACAGAUACGCGAUCCACCAGAAGGUGACACAAUCCGGCCACAAAACGUAGAACCUAUCGACGUGAAGCCAACAAUGAAUUCAGAGGGAAUGCGUAAGCAGUGCUGCCAGUGACUCACCUUGCUGCUUAAAAUAAGGACAUACAAAGAGGCAAAGGAGAAACGAAAAGUGGUCGACGGUAAACGUAACAGGUGCAUACAGUACAAGUGUCAAGACUAUUUACGAAUAUAAGUAUACACGACUCAAAAAAAAAAAAAAAAAAAGAUUUCC